AAAAUACCUUCUCAGCACAAAAUCAAAUAAUCAAAUAAACAAUCUCUCUCUCUGUCCAGAAGGCUUGUUUUCUUCUUCAAAAUGGUGGAAUCUUUGGUGGAAUCUAAGAGCAAGUUUGAAUCUCUUAGAGAAUGGGUCGUUGAUCACAAGCUUAGAACUGUUGGGUGUUUGUGGCUUAGCGGUAUUGCGGGUUCCAUUGCUUACAAUUGGUCUCAACCCAACAUGAAAACCAGCGUUAAGAUUAUUCACGCUAGGUUGCAUGCACAAGCCCUUACAUUGGCUGCAUUAGCUGGUGCUGCAGUGGUUGAAUACUAUGAUCAUAGGAACAGACCCAAAGCUGAUCCAUAUGCAAAGUUCCUUCCAGUUGAUAGAUACUCGCACAAGGAGUAGAUGACUCUUGAUAUGACUUGAAUAAAUGUUUCUUAGGUCUAUAACUUACUCAGGUUAAUUAUUAUUAUUUUUUUGUUUAAAGGGCAUUAUUUUGCCCCUUCUCAUCACAUUCUUUUCAAUUGCUUUGGUUAUUUACAUAUAACAUACCUGUGGAGCUUGUAAGUGGAUUGAGAUAAAGUUAAACCCGAAUUUAGAGAAAUGAGUUCUUUUCAUCAUCGAUCA